AAAAUUGACCGGACCCACCCUAACUUACCCAGAAAGAAGAUCCCAGCUACACAGCUCCACCAGCACCGGCACCAGCACCACCACGUGUUCAUGGAACCAACCAGCACCCGCCACUUGCCCACUUUCCUUGCCACACUCCUCAAACUAAAACUCCAAUCUCCAUUACCUUUCUCCUCCUCCACCCAUUUCACUUCACCUCUGUAAAAGGAAGAAAAAAAAAAUCAGACGACGAAAAUGCCCGGCGGAGUGGACUUGAGCCUCCAAAAGGAGCAAGAACUCCUCCACGAAGAAACAUGCGACCCAAAGCAGCAGCAGCAGCAGCAGCAUCGGGGGAUGAAAUUGGGGCGGAAGAAGCCGGCGGUGUUUCUGAGUUUCCGCCACCUGAAUAUGCUGGCGGUGAUGGUGAUCUUCUCUGCCAGCGGAUUGGUAUGUGCAGAGGACUUGGCGUUUGUGGUGCUUUCGAUUCUGUACAUGUACUUCCUUUCCAGAGUGGCGUUUCCAAGGCUGGAGGGCGAGGAGCCGACGGUGUUCAGCCAGCAGAACAAGCUGCUCCAGCAGUACGUGUUGUUCGCCGCCGUGGUGGGGCUGUUCCUCCCCAUAGCCUACAUUUUAGUAGGAUUCUUUCAAGAUGAUCAAGAGGGCAUCAAAGCCGCUUCUCCCCAUGUCUUUCUUCUCGCCAGCCAGGUUUUCAUGGAAGGCAUGGCGUGGAACGACAGAUUCUCGACGCCAAUCCGCGUGUUUGUGCCAGUUUUCUACAACUCAAGGAGGAUCUUCACCCUCGUUGAGUGGCUGCGGGAAGAGUUCGCCAAAGAAGAUAAGAAACCAGCGGCUCUAUUCGUCGGAAGAGCACUUGCUGUAAUCAACAUGGCGCUUUGGAGCUUCAAUCUGUUUGGGUUCUUGUUGCCUGUGUAUCUGCCAAAAGCCUUCCAGAGAUAUUACUCUCUUUCGAAAUCCAAAGAUUGAGGGCUCUUUCCUUUGGGAUAAAACAUAAGGUAAUAUUACCCAAAAGCCUUCCAGAGAUAUUACCCACUAAUUGCAUGAUUCUAAGCUUAUAUCUAAUGGUUCUAUGCUUUCUCUCUCCAAA